CCCCCAAAUUUUCAACCACGGCACAUUGCAAACGAGAAAUGGCAAGUAGAGGAGGAAGAAAAGGGUCCAACAUCAGAGCUUCUUCCAGUGCAGCUGAAGUGGGCAAUUCCGAAGAUCUCUUGAACGAGAUUCUAGUUCGCCUCCCAGCCAUACCAAUUCUCAGGUUCAAAUUAGUUUCAAAGCAAUGGUACUCCAUAAUCUCUACCCAAAAAUUCACAGUCACUUACGCCAAAAGAAACCCAAACCCUCGCUUGGGGUUUUUGCUGCAUACUCGACUUAAUUUCCAACCAUGCCCACCUACUCUCUUCCUUUCUUUGGGUGGUAAACACCCAAAUUUCCUUGACAUCCCAAAACUUGAAAUCCAUCAUGUCUGUAAUGGGUUGUUGUGCUGUUCUAAGCCUCAUGUGCAUGCUCCUGAAAUCACUUCUUAUUAUGUUUGUAAUCAUUCUUCUGGGCAAUCAAAAUGGCUUCGGGUUCUUAGAAGCCCAUGCAUUGAACGUGUAAAGGCUUUUAAUUUGGCCUUUGAUCCUUUGAAAUCACCUCAUUACAGGCUCGUUUUUGUGAGUGAAUUGUCUUCGUUAGAUGAGUACCAUUUGAUCAAAAUUGAUGUUUACUUAUCCGAGACCGAGUCUUGGAGACCCUCCAAGAAGGGGAUUUACAUUUUGCAAUACGACAUAGGGUUUCACAUUGCCGUUUACUGGAAGGAUGCAAUUUACUGGUACAAUCAGAAGAAUCAGUCUUUGGCAUAUUUCGAUUUCGAUGACGACAGCGUGGAGAGUUUGCCAAAGCCACAAGUUUCUGCUGGAGCCAUGACUUAUUACUAUUUUGGCGAGUCGGGUGGGCAUUUGCAUCUUGUUGGAGCUUGUAGACCUUGGACUACAUUGUUCACUGUCUUCGAAAUGAAGGAAGAUAGGUCUGGGUGGUUUGUGAAGUAUAACGGUGAUUUUGGUGCUUUAGCUGCUGCAUUUCCGAAGAUGGUUACUAAUAAACCAAAUAGGCCUUAUGUGUUUUCUCUGGUGAACCUGUUAAGAGGUGAAAAAGAAGAGGAGUUGAUUAUUGUGUUAACAAUUCCCGAAGGUGUGAUUGGGUAUAAUGUCCAGGAUAAGACCUUUGAGAAGCUGUGCAAUCUAUCUUUGAGUGAACGUAAAAUGCAGCAAAUGACAUUUAAAGCUCAUCAAUAUAUUGAGACCGUUGCUUCGAUAUGAUAAUACCAGUUGUUUUGUGGUAUCUCCUGGCUCCUUCUAUAUAUCAUUACCUUUCAGCAUGAUGUUUUUACUGUUUCUAUCUCAUACUUGUGACAAUAUAUCAGUCAUACAAUAAAACCUUUGGUUAAGAACUUUAGAUGGAGGAGUGUGCCUUGUUGCUUUUGAGCUAAUAUUGACUAGGUUCGUUUAUUCUCAUUGUAAGCCUUCUAUAUAUGAUCAAGGAACCGAAAAUAAAAUUUCUUAUCCUAUAUUUUGUUAGAAGGAACUUGAAUCUUUUGCAGAUAGAUUGGAAGUAGUCAUAAAAUGUAAUGAGAUACUUUGUUAAAGAUACAGUUUGCUUUAUACAAUGGCAGAGAGAGAGAUAUAUAUAUUCAGUACUUCUGUUGCACUCUGUACUCAAAAUUAUCCAUUUAGUUGUAACGCCCCAAUUUGCACCUCUCCAAAUUGGUUACGUUACAGAAAGUGGUAUCAGAGCAGCAGAGCAGUAGUUUAAAAUUUAUUUUGGUAACUUCUCUUGACAUAAAAGUUCUUGAAGUUUUACAUUUUUGGAGAGCAAAUUUGCUUGACAAAGUUUUUUUUUUGUGUUGGCUACUGCUUAUUACCUUAUACAAUGUUUCAUUUGUAUUUUGAUAGCUUAUAUUUCUUACGUUUUCUUUUAUAUGUAAAAGCCCAUUUUCCGAUCGUGAAAUAUUUGGUUUGAAAUGUUUGCUGUUGAAAGUCCUUUUUUGAACGAAUCUUUGGAUUUCGGAAACCUUGCAUUUCCCUGUUGAUUGGGAAUCUGAGCUUUCAUUUUUGGAUUUUGGUUUUAUUAUGAUUGGACCUUGGUGCUGAUUUGGUUUUUAAUUAGAAAUAAAUUUUCCUUUGUUUUGAAUUGUUGAGUUUAUUGGUGCUUUUGAAAUUCACAGUUAGUUGCUUAUUUGUGGCCAUAUCUAGCCUUGGAACUUCACCAUAACUCUGCAUUUCAGAAGUCAUCUACUGAUUUUUGUAUACCUAUAGCAGCAUUGUAAUUUCUUGAUUAAAGUCCGUUACUUGCUACAAUUCUCUGCUGAUGCUUUGUUGAUCCUAUUGGCAUGACUUACCUGUGUACCAAGUACCAAUUUCCACUGUUAGGUGUCAACUUGAGUAUCAGUUCUUAAACUUGAAUUUAAGUACUUUCAGUUGAGUUCAAUUUUCUGUCUUAAACUACCAAUCUUUCAAAUUUCGUAUCAAAUAAUGCCCAAGGGCAAAUUGAGUUCUAAAAAUGCAAUCCCCAAUGAUUUGUUUGUGUACAAUUACUUUAUAUUUGAUUUUCCAUUGUUAUGAACUGAGAUUUUUGAAUAGGGUCAUGUAUUUACUCAUAGUUCUGGAAAUGUGUUUCGUGCUAGUUUCAAAUUUGAACUGUCAAAGUCUAGAAUUUGAAAUUAUAUAUCUACUUCAUAUUCUUGAAAUAGAAGAUAAGAGUUGUACUUGGAGCUUGAGUAUACAACAUUUACCCCUGAAUUAUAUUUAAAGGGGCUUCUCAACUCUAUUAUUUUCAUACUCAUGCCCGGUUUUGGCAAUCUAAUCUUCAGCUAAAUUCUUAGAAACUUCUAUUUAAAGUAUUCAGACACUAGUUUUGUCUUAAAGAUAUUAUUUGCAUCUGGCUUUAGGUUCUUGCUUUCAUUUUGGGUUCAAACCUCUUCUUUCCAAGUUGGGAAUUUGAAAAUAUCUGGUUGUUUAAUCUCACACGACCAGAGAUCUUUCCUAAGCUUUAAAUUUUGGUUGGACCCUAGAUUCAAUUUCUUCCUUAUGUUCCUAUCAAGUUUAGUGGUAAGCCCGCAUAAUUCACGAUCAAGAUCAUGAUCAACUUGAUAUAGAUUUCUUUGUAUUCCGAAUUUUUUGCCUACCAUCAGUUUAACUCCCAUUGUUGUGAUGGCUUGACUUUUACACAUCAUUGUUGUAUAAUUGCAUAAAUAUUGUCAAGCUCCUGUGUUAAACAUCUAUUAUUUGCAAUCUCUUACAUUCUUGUGAUAGCAUACACCCAUAGCUCGUCCAGCUCGUGCACAGACCAACCAAAGAAAACUAGUUGGAUAUUCAGACAAGAGAAGGCGACCGUGGUUGAGUAAAAUAUGCUAAGUUGAGCAGGUAUGUGACUUUUAUGGUUAAGAUAUAUGUGACUGAAAUGUCUAAGUAUGUAAUGAGUACCUCUGGUCUAUUAAGUAUGGAUUAGCAUAUACUUGUGAUAUUUGAGACAACCUUGAUUUCGGUUGACGUUGUUGAUACGUUCAUGCUUUAUGACAUGUUGAUAUGCUCUUAAAUAUCAGAGAAUGUGGAAGGGACUGAGGUCCUAUUUGUUAUGUGUUGACGUCUGAUGAUGUCAAUAAAGUUUGGCACGUGAAGAAAAGUACUUCAGAACUUCGAUAUAACCUUACUGCUGAAGUAACCUGCAGUUUUGAUAUUCAUGGCUACCGAAUUUCAUACGGUCACUCUGAUUUGUGGUUAGUUGGUAUGUAAUAGCUUCCCUACUUAAGUAUAUUGGACAAAUGAUAUCAUAUCCUUUUUCCGGUAUCCUCUCCUUUGCCCCGAGUGAUGGCCCGACCGGCCGGCGAUAUUUAUUUGCAUAUUAGUGAUUGUGACGACCUAAAUUUUAAAUAGGAUUUGGUGUUUGUUUAUUUUGUGUUGUGGACUACCAAUUGUAGUUUAGAUUGGAGUUUUGUUUUAUGUCUCAGUCGGUUAUUUAAUUUAUUUUGUUUUAGACUUCUAUUGGGGUAUAGAAGCCUAGUCACAAUCUAAUUAGACAACACGUGCUAUUCACUCGUUAUUUCUGUGUUUUUCUUUUUCCUCAGCCAUAACGUCAUUCCUACUUCUUCCACCGCUUCUUUUGCCUUGUACCUCAAAGAGUGACCUCUAUUCACUCACCCAAAGGUCAAAAUCUGCACUUGUGUAAUAGCUUCAGAGAGAUUGUUGUGAACCCACUGACCUCGAAUUGAAAUCCCUUUGGUUACUUGCAGCUAUCGCCAGUGGUUGGAAUUGCUGAUUAUAGAGUGGGUGUUAGCAUUUGAUUUUGGGUUGCCGCUUGUAGCAGUGGAUUGGGGUUUUGUUAGCCGCUGAACUAAGGCUUGAGGAAAGACGUCCAUGAGUGGACAUAUUAGUGAGAUACCAGAACUGUCUUGAGCAGAAAAUGUUGGAGCUUUGUUUUGCUUGUGAAGUGUGUGCUGGACUUUGCUUUCCUUGUUUAAAUGAUUGCUCCUUGGUGCUGGAUGUUCAACAUUCCAGAAUUUUGCUCUUUUUGUUUUUUUUUGCAAUGUACAUUUGUUGUAAAUGACUGACGUGUUAACCUGGAGCAUUCUUUUGUAGUGGAAAACCUUGUAAGCAAGUUGCUCUUUUGAGCUUGUAAAAUGUAUUACUUUUCUCUCAGAUUUUU